AUGGACGUGCGUACGGUAAGCUACUUGUCAGGUGGAGUUGAGCAAGCGAUGGAGUUAAGCCACCUGCAAACGAAACAGGCGGGUGGGCGAAGCGAACGCAGCAUCUCUGGCUCCGAAGCUUCAAAGCAACCGACAGUCGGUGGGCCAAUCCUUUAUGCGCCGAGUGUGGUUGGUGCUCAGCUGCGUCCACAGCCCGUAUCGACUGUACCGACCCCGGCACCCGUCCCUGUGCCUGUUCCCGCGUCUAUUCCACCGGUCCGAUCAUCUCAACCACCGCAGCAGGUCCGCUUUACUUCCGAACCACGUGCCGAGGUUAAGUUUGCCCCAGCGGCACCGCUAAAGACUCCACUCGUACGUCCUUUGCUACCGGCACCGCAACCACAGCUUCAGCAACACCCGCGCGACCUAGCAGCACCUGCCGUACUUCCGGCACCGAUCACACUCCGACAGCCCAUCGUCCUCCAGCAGGCACCGUACGCGAUGGAUCCUAUACGGCCCAACCCCGGUAUGCCUCCCGGUGCACAGAUGAUGCGGCCUCCGGCCAACGUUGGUCCACCAAGGACGGGAACUCCGACGCAACCACAGCCACCCCGCCCAGGGGGUAUGUACACCGGGCCACAUCAACCACCGGGCGUCCCCAUGCCCAUGCGGCCACAAAUGGCACCGGGUGCUGGUGUUCCUGGGAUGCAGCCAGGCAUGCAACCGAGACCUCCGUCGGCCCAGGGCAUGCAACGUCCACCCAUGAUGGGGCAGCCGCCCCCAAUCCGGCCGCCCAACCCGAUGGGCGGACCACGGCCAACCAUUUCUCCCCAAAAUUCGAACCUCGGCGGAGGAAUGCUGCCGGGUAUGGGAGGACCCAGGCCACCGAUGCCCAUGCAGGGCGGUGGGGGAGUGGGUGGCCCCACCGGACCUCCACAGGGUAUGAGACCGAACUUCUACAACCGUCCAAUGGGGCCGGGUGAUCCCAGCAGGCCUCCCUCCGGCAAUGACAUGGGUGGAUCAGGUGGAAUAGCUGGAGGACCUCCAUCAUCUGCGACUCCAUCGGUCGACGAUGACGAGGACGUUGUCAUUGGACGAGUUCCAGCGGACAGUUCUUCUGCGCUUAACAGCCCCAAUCCCGCGAGAGUUCCGUCGCGUAACUUUAACAUGCCCGGUCUACCCUCGGCGGCGGGAGUUGAGCGGGAGAAGUCGAUUCCGUCCAGACCUCCAUCCGUAGCAGGUAACUACGGUAAGCCCGGUACGAAUGAGUUUGAACUCGACAGUGCAUCUGGCAGGCCGCUUCAUGCGCUGAAGGACUUUAUUAACAAGGAUCCUUCCCGGCCGGGUCAAUCGCCCACCCAAUCACCGUCGCCCGGUAGUCAACAGUCCCUAUCGCCAGCAAACACGGACGAGAACUUUAGCUAUCGACCCGGGCCCAAGCCGGCCUCCGGGCAACCACAGUACAAGCUGCAACCACCACCUGGAACACGUCCCAGCGCGCAAAGCCCUUCGGCCACCGUUCCAGGUGGUCGUCCCGAUGGGGACAAAGUUACCUUCCAGAUACCGAACGGCGGUGCCAGGGAGGGGUCCCAGGAGUGGAACUCACGUUCGAGACCUCCGCAGCAGCACAUGAUCCGGACUGGACCGAAAUCUUUAACGGCCGACCAGAAAGGUGACAACGAUAGCGGCGUUGACGAGUACACUCAGGAAAAGGAUCGUCCCAAUGCGCUAGCAUCGCCAGCGUCGCCACUGAAGUCGCCGAGCAAGAUACCGGGACUAGCCAGAAGACCGGAGAACAUUUCGUCCGAAGCCCGAUCGCGGAGCACCUCGAAGCAGCGCGCCAACGCGAAAACACCGGAAACGCCCUCCGAGCAGCCGCUAAUUAAAAAAGUACCAAUGAACAAAAUACAAGUCGGUGGGACACCAUCUCCGAAUCUGAAGGUCGUCAAGUCGAAGAUUGGGUCGCUGGAGAACGCCAGCCACAAACCGGGCGGCGGCCAUGUGAAGAUCGAAACGAAGAAAAUCGACAUUAAAGCGGCACCACGGAUUGAGGCGAAAAAUGAUGCGUACGUGCCGAAGGGUGGCGAUAAGAAGAUUAUAAGCACAAAGCUGCAGUGGAACGCGAAGCCCAAGAUUGGCUCGAUGGACAAUGCGAGUCACAAGCCGGGCGGUGGCGAUAAGCGUAUCGAGUCGAUCAAGACCGACUUCAAGGAGCGGGCAAAGCCCAAAAUUGGUUCCAAGGACAACAUUACGUACAAACCCGGUGGCGGUGACAUAAAGAUCGUGCACCAGAAGCUAGACAUCAAGGCGGAAAGUAAGAUCGGUUCGCUGGACAACCUUAAACACAAGCCGGGCGGUGGCGAUAAGAAAAUAUUCGACGACAAGGAGUAUCUGAAGAACAUUGAGCAUCCGAUCACGCCAAGUCCUUCCACACAGCGUUCCUCUUCGAUGCGCCGGAUGACGGCGAGCGUGUCCGGGGUGGAUCUCUGUCGCAGCAUUGACUACGAGCCGGUACGGGCACCUCCGUUAGCGACAGCAUCACUCACCGCCUCGCUGUCUAUUCCGUCCGAGUGUAUCGUACUGUCCGUGGCCAAUGAACCGAGUCCCGAGCGGAAGGUACAGAAGCUGGAAUCGGCCCCAUGUUUCAUACGAAAGGAUGGUCGCGCCAUACACCCGAAACCAUUCCGUACAUAUUAG